GUCUGCGUGUUCUUCCUCUUUAUUCUAUGCUGCCUGCAGCAGCUCAGCAUCGUGUAUUUGAUGAAGUAAAGGAGGGAGAACGGCUUGUUGUUGUGGCCACCAAUGUUGCUGAAACCUCUGUCACUAUACCUGGGAUAAAGUAUGUUGUCGAUACUGGAAAAGUGAAAUCAAAGGAAUACAACUUUAAAAAUGGAAGUGAAAUAUAUAAAGUACAGUGGAUUAGUAAGGCAUCGGCUGUUCAACGUGCAGGAAGAGCUGGAAGAACAGGGCCUGGUCACUGUUUCCGCCUUUAUUCUUCGGCAGCAUUUAAUAAUAUCUUCGAUGACAGUUCCCCAUCUGAAAUAUCCAAAGUCCCUCUUGAAGGUCACAUCCUUCUUUUGAAGUCCAUGGACAUUGAGUUGUCUGCUUUUCCUUUUCUUACUCGUCCAAAUGAUGAUGCUCUUAAUGGAGGACAGCGUUGCUUGGAGAUCCUUGAAGCGCUUACUGAGGAUGGAGAAGUGACACCUCUAGGGAAGGCCAUGGCUUAUUAUCCCAUAAGUCCUCGCCACUCUAAGAUGCUCCUAACAGUCAUCAAAAUGUUGAAUAAGGAGAAAAGUUAUAAACGACCUAAUUUAGUACUAGCAUAUGCAGUUGCUUCAGCUGCAGCUUUGAGUUUGUCAAAUAUUUUUGUUAGUCAGUUUGAAGACAGUUGCACAGAAAACCAUGACUUAAUUGAUGGAAAUUCCAGUGCUCCAGUUCACGGUGAAGUUAUAGACAAGCAAGACAGAGUGAUCAAAGAGAAGAAAGUGAGAGCGUCUUGUGAAAAUUUUAGUAGUCAUAGCAGUGAUGCCCUUUCCAGAGCUUAUGUUUUGCGGCUCUAUGAACUUUCCAAGAGCCGAUUGCAUUUCUGCAAGGACAAUGCUCUACACCCAGAAACCAUGCAUGAAAUAUCCGAGCUGAGAGAGCAGCUACUCAAACUUGUCUUUUAUCAUAGUGGUGUGUCUGGCGGUGAAUUUUCAUGGAUCCAUGGUAGUCAGGAAGAUGUUGAGCAUGAUUGGAGGGCUGAUGUUAUCCCUCUUUCUUUGGAUGAGGAAGGCCUCUUGUGCCGGGCCAUCUGUGCUGGUUGGGCAGAUAGAGUUGCCAAGCGCAUUAAAGGAAGUAAAAAUCAAUAUCAAACCUGCUUGAGUAAUGAGAAUGUCUUUCUCGACCGCCAGUCAUCUGUUUCUAAAAUUGCUCCUGAAUAUUUGGUGUACAGUGAGUUGAUACAGAAAAAGAAACCAUACAUGCACGGUGUUACUUGUAUCGAACCAGAAUGGCUUGUUGACUGUGGUCGGGUCUUAUGCAAGCUUCCAAAGGGCAGUGCACCUUACUAUGACUGUGUAAGUGACAAGGUACUAUACAAUGUCACUCCAACCUUUGGUCCUCAUUUGUGGAAGCUUCCGGAACAUUGUUUGCCUAUUGAUAAGACUGAGUUUAAAGGUGCAGUGCAAGCUUUUGCUUUUGCUUUGUUGGACGGCAAGGUUCUGCGUUGCCUGAGACCUGUGCGUGCAUUCAUGGCAGAACAUCCUCGUACUGUUUUAAAGCCAGUGGCAGCAAAUCGAGAACGGGUUCAGAAUCUCUUGUUGAAGUUGGGGGAGAAGAAGAUACACAGCCGUGCUAUGUUGAGAGCAGUGUGGAGUAAAAAUCCCAACGAAUUGUAUCUGGAAAUCCGGAACUGGUUUAGAAAGAAUUUCCACUAUAAGUUUAAGGAUAUUUGGGUCGAAAUGCUUCGUGAAGCCGUUUACUAAUGUCUGGUUUGCAGUAACCUGCAUACAUCCAUUUAUUUAAUGUCUCUUCUUUUGUAGGCAAAUAAAUAAACGGCUUGUAUUUUCAAUGAUGUAUUAGUCUGGACUUCUUUUCUAUCUUUCUGCAGUGAUUAGUCAGUACAUGUAUUUUGUUA